AUGAACGCACCGCGUAGCCCCAAACUUGCCGGUGCACGCUACAACUCGACUCGGCCAACGAGACGCUCUUCCCAACUCUCUUUCGAAGUCGAUAGCGAUUCCCAUUACGACCUUGGGGCGACCGGCGAUUCUACGACAAGUCGACCGUCAAUUCACGCAGGGAAGAGCUCGGCUGAGACAUCGACGCCUGGACCUGACUUCGCAAGUUCUCGCGACGCAGUAUUGCAGCGCGCGAUAUCCUCCUCAUCGAGGCGGUCGCGUUUCUUGCACCCCCCAGCCUACGAUACGCAAGACGACGACGCACGAUUGCACUUGCCACCCUUGGAGCACGCACGACAAGCGAUAGGCACGAACAUAGAUCAUUCUACUCUCCAUCUCGAUCCGGCUAGAAGGCACUCCACCACCUCCACCCGCAUACGCCUACCCUUCGACUUCUGCUUCGUGUUCCCGCAAGAGACGACCUUCUACGGAUAUCCCGUUCGUAUCUUCACAUCGAUUCUGCACUAUACGGUAUAUCUAAUUUUCCAAACGUGCAGAAGCCCCGAACUCGGGUCUGCGAUUAUUGAACCCUUAAGAAAAGUUCGUGUAUCGAGCGGGCGUUUAUCUGACCGGCAAAUCCCUGAAGACAUUGCAAUGAACGCAAACGACGAGACUAAAGGAGCAACGAAAGGCGUCGUAUAUUCCCGUGGUCACAUCAACUACAUCUUGAACUCGACAGACGACACCGCUGGGCCUUCUAUAGGUCCCGGAUUAUCUCAGUCUGUGCCGUCUAGCGUUCCUUCCAAACCCCGGGCAUCGCCACCCGCCGCCGAGAACUGGGAGAUCUAUGCGAGGCAAGUCAAGCGAUCCGACGGCAGCCUCGCAUACCAGUGCCUGUGGACGACGAAGGAUAAUGACGCAUCCGUCCCUUGUCUGUAUACCUCCAAAAAGCAAUUGGUCAAACGGCACGUUGAGACGACCCAUUUGAAGGUCAAGCGCUUCAUUUGCGAGAUAUGCAACAAGGCGUUCCCCCAGAAGACAUCCCUUGAUAUACACAAGCAUGGACACACUGGUGACACACCUCAUGCGUGUAUAUACAACUGCGGAAAGGCGUUCAAAGACCCGGCGAGAAGGCAUCGGCACCAUAUUGAAGCACAUGGAUACGUACCGAAGCAGUUCAAGCGGAAGUAUAAAGCAAGCGUCCCUAAUCAAGAGCAAUCAGAAUACGAGUCGCUGGAACCAUGGCGCCCAUUGGAUUCGUGA